GUUUCUUCGUUUAGAAAACGUAUCAGCUGUUUGCCAAAUAUCAGUUCUCUAUAUCAAAAUUUUAUUAAGCUUAGCUUAGUAAAACAGCAACAUGUGCCAGCUCUCCUAACAUAUAGAGAAAAUUUGUUUAUUUUUUUGCCGGAAUAUUAAGAUCUGUCUAAGGGAAAGCAACUUUGCAAACAACGUUAAUUUUUUUAUUGCGUUAUGAUGUUAUGUCUUGGGAAAAUCUAAUAUGAAGUUUAAACGCAAUGACCAUUGGUUGACGUGUACAUAUGCAGUGGCGCUUCAUUUACUUUUUGUUCAAUGGGCUGCAGUUCAAGUGUUUUGUGCUGAUAACCAAGAUCCCGUUUCUAAAAUAACACUGAACGAUCGAAUUCACGAUCACCCAUAUAACUUUAAUUUUUCGAAGAAGUCGUACAAUGUCACAAUACCUGAAAACAGUAUUGGAAAAACAUAUGCGACACCUACAUCAUAUGAUGAGAAAAUUGGACUACAAAUUCGAUAUGCAUGCAGUGUGACUUAUCGCAUAAUUUCCGGCGACCGGGAUAAACUAUUUAAAGCUGAGGAGAGGACAGUUGGCAAUUUCGCAUUUUUAGCAAUACGAACUAGAACGAGUAAUAUUGUGCUGAAUAGAGAAAAAAAUGAAGAUUAUACUUUGCAUAUACGAGCAAUGAUCACAUGUCCUAAAAGUUUAAAAAAUAUAACAUAUGAGGCGGAAUGUAUAGUGAACAUUCGAGUGUUGGACAGAAAUGAUUUAACACCUCUAUUUUAUCCUACUGAAUACUCAGUUACAAUAAAGGAAGAUGUUCCCGUACAUAGCAGUAUUUUAAAGACAACCGCGGAAGAUGCGGACUUAGGAUUGAACGGAGAAAUAUACUAUUGUUUUUUGGACAGUUAUAGUCACUUCACUAUACAUCCAUCAACAGGAAUCAUAUCAAAUGUGAGACCAUUAACUAACUUGGGUGGCACUGUCGUGGAGAUAGCUGUUCUUGCUGUCGAUCGAGGUUCAGCGAUGAUGCGACAAAAUCAUCUAUCUGGCAAGGCGAAAGUUCUCAUAAUCAUUGAAAAGACAAAUUUACAUGCUCCCGAACUACAUAUUAGUACUGUAUCUAGUAUAAUUGUACACGAAGAUAUCAACAUAGCGAGUAAAAUUUUUGGAAUAAUACAAGUGUACGAUAAAGAUAGCGGAAAGCACGGUGAGAUCAAAAGUGUGUCAAUAGUUGGUGGCGAUGAAGAUGGAUUAUUCGAAAUUGCCCAUUCGAAAACAUAUGGCGAAUAUUACAUACAACUAAACAAUUUAGUUAUGCUCAGAAACUUGACAAGAACCUACAACUUGACCAUAAGGGCGGAAGACAACGGGACUCCAAAAAAAUACGGUACCAAAGAUGUGUCUAUUACCAUAUAUGCUGAUGAAAUGGCUGCUCCCGUGUUUACAAAGCAGUUGUAUGAAGUAUCCAUUCCAGAAACUGCUCCCAUUAAUAUGCCUGUUAUUCGGCUGAAAGUAACCGACCCGUCCUUUGGCAAAAAUGCAUUAGUUUUUCUAGAAAUAGUGGGCGGCAACGAAGGUGGAGAGUUCAAGAUUAAUCCUGAUACAGGAAUGUUAUACACUCAAAAGAUAUUGGAUGCAGAAAAAACUUCAUUUUAUACUCUAACCGUUACAGCUAUAGACCAAGCCAACUUAGGUUUACGAAAGCAAUCAUCAGCCAAAGUAAAAGUAAAUGUCUUAGAUAUCAACGAUAACGAUCCGAUUUUUGAAGACAAAAACAUAACUGUACUUCUAAACGAAAAUGAAUUGCCGGGAACGUAUGUAACAAAAGUUCGGGCUAAGGAUAAAGACUCGGGAGAGAAUGCUUUUAUUUCCUACAGCAUUGCAAAUCUUUAUGACAUUCCCUUUGAUAUAGAUCAUUUCACUGGAGAAAUACGAACCACAACUGUAAUCGAUUAUGAAAUAAUGAGACGGUCUUAUAAACUGAAAGUUCGUGCUUCCGAUUGGGGUUUGCCCUACCGAAGACAGACGGAAAUGAAUGUUUUGAUCAACAUCAGUGACAUUAAUGAUAACCGUCCUCAAUUUGAACGUAUUGACUGCAUUGGAAAAGUUUUUCGUCAUGCCCCAGUAGGAACAGAUGUAUUUACUGUAUCUGCUAUAGAUUUCGAUGUCGACGAUUAUAUAACUUAUCGGCUAUUAGGUGGCAACGAAGAUGGAUGUUUUAAUAUGGACUCAAUUACAGGUGUAAUUACUAUAGGAUGUGAUCUCAAGGACAUUAGAAUACCCCAUCGAUCGAUCAACGUAUCUGCAACGGAUGGGACGCAUUAUUCAGAUGAAAUGGCAAUCCAGAUUGAGCUUCUUAGGUCUGACACUUACGACGUUGUUAAACGUGUUGACCUGAAUGGAUAUAGCAGCUUCGAAUGCCACGAAACAGGAGUGGCAAAAAAAUUAGCAGAUUCACUGGCAGCUGCUGAGAAAAAUAAUAUGAGGUCAGAAAAAUUGGAAGGCGAUGUUUUUUCAUUGCUACCAAAUAGAUAUGGACAAAAUGUACAUAAGCCGGAGUUCGUUGAUUUCCCAUUGAAAUUGAAAAUUAAUGAGAGUUUUCCAUUAGGGGAUACAAUUACAUGGAUUAAUGCAAAAGAUAAAGACUUGGGAUACAAUGGCAAACUAAUUUUUGGUAUUUCUGAUGGCGACUUUGAAUCCGUUUUCAGAGUUGACCCAGACAGUGGAGAACUUCAAUUAAUUGGAUACUUGGAUAGAGAGAGACAAGAGAAUUAUAUACUGAAUAUAACAGUAUGUGACUUAGGUCGACCCUCGAAAUGUGAUUCCAAGUUAAUUACUGUAGAUAUAUUAGACGUAAAUGAUAAUCCCCCCGUAUUUCAAAGACCUCUGUUCAGACUUCAUCUAGCUGAAGAUGUUAGGAAUGGCUCCGAGAUAUUUUGCCUAAAUGCCAGUGAUGCAGAUGAAAGUAAAAAUGCCAUUAUAAACUACGAGCUAAAAACAGAAAAAAGACAUUUCGCCGUUAAUACCACAACGGGUUGCUUGCACGUAAUACAAAUGCUUGACAGAGAAAAACAAGAAGUACACAAACUUCAAAUUUUUGCAAAAGAUAGUGGCGUUCCCUCCCUUUCCGCUGAAGCCAUCAUAACAAUUGUCGUUGAUGAUGUGAACGACAAUGCUCCAGUUUUCGGUGUUCAGGAAAUUAUUUUCAAAGCUCGCGAAGAUCUUCCAAAAGGAACUGUGAUUGCAAAAAUAGAAGCUCACGACUUUGAUGAGGGUGUAAACUCGGAUAUACUAUUUGCGAUAAAAGAAGACACCACAAAUGGAUCCUUAUUCAAAAUAGAUAAGAUAAGUGGCAUUAUUCAAACACAAAACUAUUUGGAUUACGAAACCCAGCAAAUAUAUAACUUAGUGGUGAGCGCAAUAGAUUGCGGAUCACCUUCACUAACAUCCGAUAUGUCAGUCGUCAUAGAAAUUAUUGAUGUCAAUGAGAAUCGAUUUGCACCUGAAUUCAAUGACUUUGUAUAUAUGGGUUCUAUUAAAGAGAAUGUCCCUAAAGGAACAGUAGUUAGAAAUGUGACAGCUAAAGACCAGGAUUUAAAGGGUCCAGACUCAGAAAUUUCGUACUCCAUUAAAGGCGGCGAUGGAAUCGGUGUUUUUUUUGUUACUGAAAAAGGAUCAAUUCGAACUUUGUCUCAUCUAGAUGCUGAAACGAAAAAUUUUUAUUGGUUAACUUUGUGUGCUCAGGACCAUGGAAUUGUUCCUCUGGACAAUUGCGUUCAGGUCUAUAUUGAAGUUGAAGAUGUUAAUGACAACGUUCCGAUGACUUAUCAACCGGUAUACUAUCCAUCUAUUUUUGAGGGAAGUGCUGCACAGACCAUGGUCAUAAAACUGGAUGCUACGGAUGAUGACAUUAAUAAGACAACAAACCUGACUUAUAAAAUUAUUUCCGGAAAUCCGGAGGGAUUUUUUGAAAUUAAUCAAGCUACUGGCGAGCUGAUGACAACUGAACGUAAACUUGAUCGGGAAAAUCAAGUCGAACAUAUAUUAGAGAUCCAAAUUUAUGACAACGGCUUGCCUCCACUAUACUCAACCACCCACGUUGUGGUUACAAUUAAAGAUAUAAACGACAACAGCCCACAAUUUGAUCAAAGGUUUUACAAAGUUCAAGUUCCUUCUUCGUUGCCAGUUAAUGCUUCCAUCUUUCAGAUACAAGCUACUGACAUUGACAUUGGCGAUAAUGGAAGAAUAUCGUACUUCUUAAAAUCAGGAAAAGGAAAGAAUAAGUUUCGCAUUGACGCUGACACCGGCUUAAUCUACGCUGUUAAAUCUCUUGAUGCAGAAAUUGACUAUGAGCUGAUUAUAAAAGCAGAGGACAAUGGGUUUCCGAAAAGAAGCCAAACUGCAAGGUUAAAUGUGGUAGUAGUACCAAUUUUGAAAUUAUCAAAUAUUCCACCCAAAAUAAAAACUACCAAUAACGUGGUUGAAGUAACUGAAAGCGAUAAACCUGGAUUUUUAGUUACCCUCAUUCAGGCCACAGAUGAAGACAGUGAACACCUAUGGUACAACAUCAGCGGUGGAAACGAACUCAAUGCUUUUUAUAUUGGACAUGAUAACGGCAAUGUUCUCUUGUCAAAAUCCCUCGACUGGGAGACACAAAAUUAUUAUAACUUGACUGUUAGUGUGAGCGAUGGAUCGAAUGAAGUUGAUACAUAUUUGUAUAUUAAAGUAGUCGACACCAACGAUAAUCGUCCUCAAUUUACUAAUGACAUUUAUUUUGUAAACAUCUCGGAGUGUGCUGAAGAAGAAACCGUAAUAUUGCAACUACAAGCCUAUGAUGACGAUGAAGACAAAAAAAUAUUUUAUACCCUGUACGGAUCCAAAGAUCCAUCUUCAUUGCAAUUUUUUCGAAUAGAUUCACUUACUGGCAAUGUAGUGAUCACACAAAGCCUUGACUACGAGAAAAACAAAAGACAUGAGUUAAUAGCUGUUGCUAAAGAUCAAGGAACUCCAGCUAAAAGAAAUUAUGCUAAGAUAGUAAUAACAAUUCAUGAUUACAACGACCACAUUCCAGAAUUCACAACAAGAAUUUUGCAGAGUAAAAUACCAGAGAGCGCUGUUGUUGGGUCUAGAGUAGCACAACUGAGUGCCUAUGAUCGAGAUAGUGGAAAAAAUGGGGAAGUUCUUUAUUCCAUUAUAAGCGGCAAUGUUGGAAAUGUUUUCCAAGUCGAUAAAGUUUUCGGCACUGUAUAUUUAUCGCAAAAUUUGGACGCAAUGAAUAUGCAAGAAUAUAUGCUUCAAGUGAGGGCAACGGAUUGUGGAACUGCCCCAUUAUCAUCACAAAUUCCUGUUCAUAUCAUUGUUGUGAUGGCCGAUAAUGAUCCUCCUAGAUUUUCCGUUCCCAUAUCUUCUGUAGAAAUAUUCGAAAAUCUUCCCAUAGGAACAUUUAUAGCACGAAUUGAAGCAAGGUCGUCAUCAGCAGUGUUUUACAAUAUUAUAAAUGGAAAUGAGGAUGGUCUAUUCUACAUAAAUCCGUCUACUGGAGUCAUACUGGCAAAUUCAAUUAUCGAUUACGAGCAAUACAAAUUGUUCAAUCUUACAAUCAAAGGAACAAAUAUGGCGGCUGUAUCAUCUCAACAAUAUUUAAUUAUACACGUGUUGGAUGUUAAUGACAACGCUCCGUUCUUCAUUCAAACAGAUUACUAUGGACAAAUAUCUGAAGCUUCAGCACCUGGUUCUUACGUCAGUUCUAAUGCUUCAUUGAAUAGCUUACUCUUUCUUAUAGCAUCGGAUUAUGAUGUUGGGCAAAACAGCAUUUUGGAAUACAACAUAAUGGACGAUACUGCAAACCACUACUUUCAAAUCGAUUCUUUAACAGGAACAUUGCAACUGCUUCAGAAAUUGGAUUUCGAAACCAAAUCUGCUUUUCACUUCAAUGUUAUGGUCAACGACAGGGGCUCACCCAAACUAUAUUCGCAAACUGUUGCUAAGUUAACGAUCCACGUGCUGAAUGUGAAUGAUUGUCCGCCAGCGUUCGAUAUGAAGGAAAUGAAUGCUACUCUAUAUAUUCCGACCUAUGAAGGCAUUCAAAUAGCUCAAGUCCGCGCAACUGACGCUGAUAUAGACAUCAACAACAAAAUUCGUUACGACAUUAUAGAUGGCAAUAUAAAUGAAAGUUUCCAAAUAGACAAUACUACUGGUAUAAUUGUUACAAACAACAUUUAUGAUUUGGUUCCGUAUUAUAAGUUACACGUUCGAGCUUCAGAUGGAUUGUUCUCUACUAUAGCACAAGUGGAUAUUACUACGGAAAACAUACAUGAUUCCGGAUUUCGGUUUCAGAAAGAGAAAUAUGAAUUUUCAGCAGUGGAAAACUCCACAAAAAUUACCAUUGUUGGCUUAGUAAAUGUGAUAGGCAAUUAUCUUGUCGAAAAUAUUGAGUAUAAUAUUCUGAAUCCUACAAAUAUGUUUCAAAUUGGGAAAUCUUCCGGCGUACUUAAGACCGCUGGCAUAGUUUUUGAUCGAGAAUCUUUGGACAAAUACAAUUUAAUUAUUGAAGCUUUAUCUGUUUUAUAUGAACAUGACAAGCGAUAUAUCCGCAGAGCGAUUACUCAUGUUAAUGUAUUUAUCCUGGAUAUCAACGACAAUUGCCCCAUAUUUGUAAAUUUACCGUAUUAUUCGACAGUAUCCCCCGAAGACAAAAAAGGGACCGUUGUGUUAAAGGUGAAAGCCAUAGAUUUAGAUGAUUUGGAAAAUGGUGAGGUUCGCUACGAGAUGAAAAAAGGAAACGGAGAACUCUUCAAGGUGGAUAGAAAAACGGGCGAUGUUACACUAAGACAGCAUAUUGAGAACAUUAAUAGCAAAUAUGAAUUAUUAAUUGCUGCAUAUGAUAAUGCUACUACUCCAUGCUAUUCCGAAGUGACUGUUUCUAUUAAGGUUGUUGACACAUCGAUGCCCCUGUUCCACAAACAGUUUUAUUUCGAUAGAGUGAAAGAAGAUAUAGAACUUUUUUCAGCGUUAGCCGUUAAUAUCCAAGCGGAAAGUCUACUGAAACGCAGUCUUUUUUACACAACAAAUGACGAAGGAUUUUUCGAAAUAGACUAUAGAACUGGUGUUUUAUACGUAGUAAAUAGUCUGGAUUUCGAGAAACAACAGUCGCAUGAAGUUUCUGUGAGAGCGACAGAUAUUUUAUCAGGAGCAUACGCUGAAGUGACCGUCACAAUUGCAGUGGAAGAUGCCAACGAUUGUUACCCAAAAACAGAAACAGAUAAUUAUAACGUUACAUUACCAGAAAAUUUACCUCUGGGUUCCAACAUCUUAAAAAUAAAUGCAAGCGAUUGCGACUCAGGCGCUAAUAGCAUAUUGUCGUAUGAAAUCGAGUCAAUUAAUGGCAUCCGAGAGUCUGAUUUGUUUUACAUUGAUAUCGCAGACGGAUUGCUGUUUUUGAAACAUCAAUUAAAUUACGAGAGACGAAAGUCGUAUCUGGUUGUAAUUGCAAUUACAGACCAUGGUACUCCUAUUCUAAAAACCAGAGCCAACGUGUGGAUUCAAGUAAAAGACUUAAAUGACAAUGCACCAAAGUUUGUGGAGCCAUCCUUUUCUGGUAAACUUUCGAUUUAUGCAUCUAGAGGACAGUUUGUGAUGAGAGCAAUUGCGUAUGAUGCUGACGAAUGCGACAACAAUCAAUUAAAAUACAAAAUUGUGGAUGGCAACGAUCAUCAGCUUUAUUCCAUAGAUGAAAAUAAUGGAAUUAUAUUCAUGCAAAACAACCAAAAGUUGGAGAAUCACCAGCAGACGAUUCUGAAUAUAUCUGUCACCGAUGGACUUCAUAUAAGUUAUGCGCGAGUGAAAAUAAGUUUGCUGCCCGAAAAUAUUCACAGUCCAAUAUUUGAGAAUUUAGUUUAUGCAGUACACAUUCAGGAAAAUGACGAUCCAGAUAAAUUAAUAAUAAAGGUUAAGGCCAACGAUAAGGACUUUGGCAAAUACGGAUCAAUUACCUAUGACAUAUUUGGUGAUGACCUUGCCUCCACAUUCAGGAUAGAUAGCAGCAGUGGCUCAUUGUAUUCUAAAAUUUCGCUUGAUAGAGAGCAGAGAGACUUUUAUGAAGUAUUAGUGAGGGCGACGGAUGGAGGCGGAAAGUUUGGAUAUACUGUAGUCAAAAUUAAAGUGGAUGAUGCUAAUGACAACUCUCCUUUCUUUCUAUUAAAAGAAUACCAACUAACUGUCGGAGUUGAUGCUGCAGUAAACACGGUUGUUGGAAAGGUCGUAGCAUUUGACUUAGAUGCAGGCCAAAACGGAUUGAUUGAUUUUUCGCUAAAAAAUUUAGAAGCUAAUUAUACAUGGAAAGAAUAUAUUAUGUUAACAACUGCCGGAGAAAUAGUUGUAACGAAGCCACUAACAAAUCUAUCGAAUUUAAUUAUCCAAUUUUUUGUACGAGCUUCUGAUAACGGAUAUCCGACAAAGCGAAGUAAUUACAUACCUGUAACACUGCAAAUUGUCGGAUCACAAGUUGUGAUUCCCUCAUUCGAAAAAACAAAAUUGAACAUGAAUAUCGAGGAGACAUGCGCGCCUGGCACCAUUUUAACAAAACUUAAAGUAUCUGGGAACUUUUCUGCAAAAUUUUCAUUAGCGUCCGAAUCAACAACAUUUGCAAUAACGGAAAAUGGAGAUAUAAUACUAAUACAAGCAUUGGAUCGGGAGAUGCAAGCUGUGGAGCAUAUUGUGGCAGUGUUUGAAACAAUAACAGAACCGGUUUUAUUUGCCUAUACUGACAUUAUUUUCCACAUUCAAGACAAUAAUGAUAACUACCCGAAAUUCUCUAACCUAAUCUAUAAUAUAGAUGUUCCAGAAAAUAACGAAAAAGGAUCAUCUAUUAUGAAAAUAACAGCGGCUGAUGCUGACGAGGGACCAAAUGGGGACAUUCGAUACUACAUGGAAGAUGACAAUUACAACAAUGUUUUCGAAAUAGAUAUUUAUUCGGGAUGGAUUACACAGAUUGGUAUAUUAGAUAGAGAAACGUGUUCGGAGUACUAUUUUAAUGUUGUGGCAAGUGACAACGGCGCUUCUAAACAGAUAUCAAAUGUUCGAGUGUCCAUAACAAUUACUGAUUAUAACGACAACGCGCCACAAUUCAAAGACGAUAUUUUAACAUUUUCUGUGCCUGAAAAUGCUUUGCCAGGAACUGUUUUAAAUCGUCUUCUGAUAACUGAUCUAGAUGUUGAAAAAUAUAACUUAAACUUUUUCAUUGUUUCUGGUGAUAAUAAAUCACAAUUUCAAAUUGCAAGUUCCGGCGAGCUCUUUGUGUCUAGAAAACUCGACAGAGAAGAGUCCUCUUCGUAUAAUUUGAGUGUUGCUGUGACUGAUGGAAAAUUUGUGUCAUAUGCAAACCUAUUAAUAUACGUAAUAGAUAUAAACGACAACUAUCCAAUAUGUAUAACACCCAGAUAUGAAGUCACAAUUGAUGAAUCCAUACCAGUUGGAGCGUCAAUCCUAAAAGUAAAUGCUAUAGAUUUGGACGACGAAGAAAAUAAUAAAAUUAGAUUCUACAUAACUGGAAACAACUCUGAUCAUUUUUACGUUGAUAAGAAUGAAGGAGUCCUUAAGGUAGCGCAUGAAAUUGACAGAGAAUGGCGCUCCAAAUAUAUACUUCAAGUUCAUGUACAAGAUGGAAAAGAAUUGCUUCAGGAAUGUAUAUGUGAAAUUAUUGUAACAGUCGAUGAUGUCAACGACAAUAUUCCUAAAUUUUCAAUGCAAAAAUACAUAUCCAGCAUAUCUGAGGAUGCCCGCGUACAUACAAUAGUUACAAAAGUGCACGCAAUAGACAAGGAUUUUGGUGUCAAUAGGAAGAUCACUUACUCUUUUGUGGAUAACAGUGACUUUUUUGAAAUCAAUCCCUUAAACGGCAUCAUAAAACUUAGGAAGGAACUCGACAGAGAAAAUAUAUCUGUAUUUAAUUGCACCAUAAAAGCAGAGGACAACGGCUAUCCGAGACUAUUUUCCACAGCUAAUGCUGUUGUUCAUGUUCUUGACAUCAAUGACAACCCGCCAGAAUUUCAACUUAAACAAUAUAAGUCUCCGGUGUGGGAAAACACAACAAUUGGUUCUGAAAUUAUACAAGUAUAUGCUACCUCAAAAGACAUUGGAAUUAAUGCUGAGAUUCGAUAUUAUAUCAUUGGCGGAAAUGAACAACAAAAGUUCAAAAUUGACAAUAAAAAUGGAAUAAUAAUCUUAAUCUUAGAAAUUGAUUAUGAACGGACUAAAUCAUUUUAUUUAACUGUGCAAGCAAUUGACGGCGGCACUCCGCCUUUAAGCAGCCAAGCUUUCGUAAAUAUCACCGUAUUGGAUGUCAACGAUAACAAACCUCAGUUUUCACAAAACGUGUACCGCAUUAAGGUUGCGGAAAAUUCCAAAAAAGGUGAUGAGCUUCUCCAAGUUAUUGCAACCGAUGCAGAUAGCAAUAAAAAUGGGGAAAUAGAAUACGGCAUUGAGAGAGGAGACCGUUUUAAUCAGUUUAGAAUCGGUGAGAUUUCUGGCAAUAUUUAUACAUUCAGAGAUCUGGAUAGGGAAAACAUUUCUUCAUAUGUGCUGGAAAUAAGAGCUUGUGAUAAAGGUUCUCCCAAAUUAUGCAGUUUUGUCCAAGUUUUCAUUGAUAUUACGGACAUUAAUGACAACCCUCCAAUAUUUAAGAAUGGAAAUUUUUCUGUUAUUCUACAAGAGAAUAAGCCUUUGGGCUUCGUAGUAACUUCGUUCGAAGUUUUCGACGCUGAUGAGUUUCCCAAUACUAGCCCGUAUACAUUUGAUUUUAAAAGGGGAAACGAAGGUGCUUAUUUUCGCUUGGAACAGGAUGGGCGUCUGUGUACAGCAGUUCGUUUCAAUCAUAAAAUUCUCGAUCAUCAUGUACUGCAAAUAAGAGUUUUUGACAAUGGUAAUCCGCCACUCUACUCCGAUACAUGGGUUACUGUUAAGAUAAUUGAAGAAAGUCAAUACCCACCAGUAAUUACGCCUUUGGAAAUUACUAUUAAUUCAUAUGAAGAUGAGUUUAUUGGUGGUUUCCUAGGAAGGAUAUAUGUUACUGAUCAAGAUAAAUAUGAUUCGUUCACUUUUAAGAUUGUGCCGAAUAAUGAUCAAUCCUAUUCUACAUUCAAUUUGUUUAACAUAUCUCGAGAUACUGGUGAAAUAUAUGCAAUAACAAAUUUAGAUAUUGGGAUGUAUCAAAUCAACGUAACUGUUUCUGAUGGAAAGUAUCACUCCCAUACAAUUGUUCGAGUUAACGUAGAAAUGAUAACAUCUGAGAUGGUAAAAAAUGCCGUCAUCAUGAAGUUUAGUCAAAUAACUCCAAAAGAUUUCAUUCUACGCCAUCGAAAGAUGUUUCUUAAAACUAUACGAGAAGUAUUACGAUGCAGACAGAAGGAUAUAUUUAUAAUUGCGCUUAACCAAAAUAAAAAAAAGAGUGCUACUCACAACUCCUUGAAUAUAGAGAAAGCACCAUCUCCAUCCAAUGCAAGGCAAAGACGUUCCUUUGGCACUCUAGAUGUCGUAUUUGCUGUUCGAAAACAACAAGUUCAGCCCAGCUCUGAAAGUUACUACACGCCUAAUGAAGUCCUCUAUAGGCUGUCAAACCGAUUGGAUGAGAUUGAAGACAAUUCCAAUCUUCCAAUUGAUGAAAUAGUUUCAAAUGAAUGUAUUGUAGAUGUUUGCAUGCAUGGGCAAUGUAAAAAUCAAUUAUUUAUUGACAAAAGUACGUCGAAUACGUUUUACACAGACGUUAUAAGUUUUGUAGCUCCCAAGUUUGCAAUUAUCAAUACUUGUUUGUGUAAACAGGGUUUCGAUGGGAAUAAAUGUGAGGAACCAGUGAACGCCUGCUCAUCAGAUCCAUGUCCACCCCAAAAGCAAUGUUGGCCAGCAGAUACAAUUGCAGGAUAUCAAUGCAUUUGCCCCAUUGGCUUUUCAGGUCAAUUUUGUGAAAUUCAAUCAUUACGAUGUCAACACGAAAAUUGCUCCCAACUUCAAACAUCCGUGUCUUUUAGUGGAAAGAGUUACGCGCACUAUAAAAUAGAUACGUCGGCGGUUAAAAGCCUUAUAGAAAAUCAACUUUCAUUAUCCCUAAAACUACGAACGGUACAACAAUCGGGGACACUUGUUUAUGCUAGCGGGCAAAUCGAUUACUGUGUAAUUGAAAUUGUCAAUGGAGCGGUUCAGUUUCGGUUUGACCUAGGUUCCGGGGAAGGAACUGUAAUAGUAUCAAGUGUUAAUAUAUCCGACGGCGAAUGGCAUACAAUAAAAAUAGAACGAAUUCUUAACACGGCUAAAAUUGUGGUCGAUAACAAACAUUCAUCACAGGGUAGUGCGCCAGGCAUUAACUCAGUUUUAAACCUUCAAAACAAUGACAUAUUUGUUGGCGCGAAAGUCAUACCUCACAAUACUAUAAAGGGGUAUGAGGACAUUCAAAGAGGCUUUAUUGGUUGCAUGGCAGAUAUAACUCUUGGCCAAGAAAAAUUGCCAUUUUACAUAAUAGCUGGCGGAAUUAGUGUAGCCGCCCUUCGAUUUACAAACGUCGAGUUUCUUUGUGAUCCAACGAAAAUAUUGGUUAAUCUUGGAAUAUGUGGUGGACAGCCUUGUUUAAAUGCUGGAAUUUGUCAGGAUCUCGGUGAGAACUUUAACUGUAUCUGUCCAGAACGCUUCACAGGCAGAUUAUGCGAAAUCGACUUAAAUCCCUGUGCAUCUGCUCCAUGCUUAUAUGGCGGUCUAUGCCAACACAAUGGCCCAAAUAACUAUUCAUGCACAUGUCCACCGAGCUUAUCUGGAAGUAGAUGUGAGUAUGGACGAUUUUGUACGCCUAAUCCAUGCAAAAACGGAGGCAUGUGCGAAGAAGGGGAUGGUAUUUCUCAUUGUAUGUGCAGAGGUUUUACGGGUCCAACAUGUGAAGUAGAUGUAAAUGAAUGCGAAAACCAACCCUGUGGAAGUGGAGCUACAUGUAUAAAUGAAGCUGGAAGUUUUCGAUGCAUAUGCCCGUCGUACUUAACAGGCGCUAGUUGUGGGGAUCCUUUGUAUUCCAAUUCCAUAUCCACAAAAAUUAGAAAGUUUUCUAUUGAAAACAUCACUGGCAUUGUUUGUGGAGCUUCAUUUGUUUUCGUGUUGUGUCUAAUAACACUUUGUUGCAUGGUGUACAAAAAGAAUUUCAUAUCCAAAAAAAACGCUUCACGGCAUCUCAAAAAUAGCUACAAAGAAACAACUCUUAACUCAUUAUUAGCAAAAGAAAAGAAUAAUAAACAAAAUAAUAAAAUAAACAACCUCGAGGUAAAUCAACGGCCAAUGAGCUAUGCACCCACCUCCGCAGAUAAUAUGAUGUCAGCAAACACUAACUUUGUAAAUAAUUUGGACAUAUUAAGAAGCUACGGAUCUGCUGGGGAUGAACUUGAGAAUAUACCUUUCGAAUAUCAAAAAAUAAGUUUUAAUAAACAAAAUGUAAAUAUUAACAACGAAAACAUAUCAGAAGCCUCCGUAUCAUCUUACAAGACGGAUUGGUGUGACCAAACACAGCUAAAGACAUUCUGCGAAAAUAAACUCAACAAUGGACCUUACAAAAUAUCACGUAAAGCACUUGAUUAUAAUUUGCCUUUGAAUCGCAUGACGACUAAUAAACCUAACUGUGGAAAAUUAAUACACGUUGCAAUGCCCAACGUAUGUCAAUCAUCAAUUAAUGCGGAUAAUACGAAUCAGGGUCAAUAUCAUUGGGAUUGUUCUGAUUGGGCUAGAAAUAGCCAAAAUCCAUUACCUGAUAUAACGGAGGUGCCAGGAGCUGAAAUCGCAGAUUCAUCCAGUUUCCACAGUAACGAAAGCAAUGAGUCACGACCCAGAAAUAGUCCACCUGUAAGAUAUAAAAUGGGCCCGGACAGGAAUAUUCCGAUAUUGGACAAAAACGUGAUUUCAGAGUCUGUCAAUUCAAAUCUUUUGAUCAGUACACAAAAGUUAAAUCUACCGACAGGUAGUAUCUCAUUAUCAAGACUGAGCCCUGCUUACUAUAGUGAGAAUGAAGACUAUGCAUCAAAUUCAGCAGUGCCUUUCAGAUGUCUAUCGAAAUGUAAAUUAUAUGUACGUCAUCCUGAUUCGUACCUACCACCAUUAAACAACCUUAGCGAAACUGACGGGGAAUAUCCACAAAGUCAUAACAUUAUAUGCCAAGCCGAUGUUGAGUGCGCCAAAAGAAAAUUAAGCGUCAACUCUGAAGAGGAGUAUUUGUGCCGAGGAAGUCUCAACAACAGCAAUCGGUCAGUUCAUCUUUGUGAAAUAGAAGAUUCGGAACUUGAGGAGUUCUUGCCUAAAGAAAUAGUUGAACCACAUCGCAAUGACAACUAAUUUCUUUCAUUUCAUACGCAUUUAUUUUUCUUUUACUGAUGCUUGUAAAAAAAUGUAUAAAUAAAAAAUUGAAUAUUUUAGUACAUA